CUCUCUCUCUCUCUCUCUAUCAAUUCUUUUCCCCUGUUUCCAGGCAACUCCUCACGCCACCACGAACAAACCCUCCUUAUAAUCCUCCUCUUGUCUCCUCUCGUUAUUCACCCACCAUCUUCUUCUUCUUCUUCUUCAUCGUCUUCAUCUGGGUUCUCGUUGUUGUCUGACUCUCCGUCUGCACUACUCAUGGAGCUGGACAAGUCGAGCCGUGAUUCCAAACCCAUAGUCGUCCGGGAGGUCUGGUCUCAUAAUUUGGAAUCUGAGUUUCAGCUCAUAAGGGAGGUCAUCGACGACUACCCUUUUAUUUCCAUGGACACCGAAUUCCCCGGUCUCGUCUUUCGUCCCCGACCCGACACCCGUUUCCACAACCGCCGACCCGCCGAUCAUUACAAGAUCUUGAAAACCAACGUUGAUGCCUUGAACCUCAUCCAGGUCGGUCUCACCCUCUCCGACUCCGACGGAAGCCUCCCCGAUCUGGGAUCGCAAAAUCGGUUCAUCUGGGAGUUCAAUUUCUCCGAUUUCGACGUCUCGCGUGACGCCCACGCUCCGGACUCGAUCGAGUUGCUCCGGGCACAGGGGAUCGACUUUGAGCGGAACCGGAAGGAGGGUGUGGACUCCGCCCGGUUCGCCGAGUUGAUGAUGUCGUCGGGGUUGGUGUGCAAUGACUCAGUGAGUUGGGUGACGUUCCACAGCGCGUACGAUUUUGGGUAUUUGGUAAAGAUCCUUACGCGCCGGGAUCUGCCCGCCGGUCUGGAGGAGUUCCUGACGCUGACGAGGGUGUUCUUCGGGGAGCGCGUUUACGACGUGAAGCACAUGAUGCGGUUCUGCCAGAGCUUGUUCGGCGGGUUGGACCGGGUAGCACGGACGUUGGAGGUGAACCGGGCGGUUGGGAAGUGCCAUCAGGCCGGUUCAGAUAGCUUACUGACGUGGCAUGCGUUUCAGAAGAUGAGGGACGUGUACUUCGCAAAUGACGCGCCGGAAAAGCACGCCGGCGUUUUGUACGGACUGGAGGUUUUCUGAGGUUGUCAUUUUUAAAAAUAAAAAUUUUAAAAAAUAAUUAAUUAAUUAAUGUUGUGUUAAUUAAAAUUUAAUUGUACCAAAUUUGUAUAGUGCCCAAAUCGGAU